AUGAAGUUCCUCGCCGGUCUCGCCCUUGUGCUGCCGCUGGCGUCCGCCGCGGCCGUCACGCCCCUGGAGAAGAAGAUCAGCUACGACGGCUUCAAGGCCUUCCGCAUCUCCACGCACAACGACGCCGCCUCGAUCAAGAAGAAGAUCGCCAACAUCGCCGCGAUCCCCUUCAACCUCGACAACAGCGAGCACCUGGACGUCGCCAUCCCCGCGGGUGACGUUUCCAAGUUCGAGAAGCUUGGCCUCGAGACGUCGGUCCUGCACGAGGACCUCGGCGCCACCAUCGCCGAGGAGGGCAAAUUUGCCCCCUAUGAGAGAAACGACGAUGUCAGCCUCCAGGCUCUUCCCAGCCUGACGUGGUUCAACUCGUACCACACCUUCGCCGACCACCAGCAGUUCAUCCGCGACUUGCAGUCCAACUUCCCCUCCAACUCUGAGUUGAUCAACGCUGGUAACUCGUACGGCGGACGCUCGCUCCUUGGUAUUCACCUCUGGGGUAGCGGCGGCAAGGACUCCAAGCCCGCCAUCUACUGGCACGGUACUGUCCACGCCCGCGAAUGGGUCACGACCAUGGUGGUCGAGUACUUGACCUACCAGCUUAUUGACGGUUACCAAAAGAACGACGCUGCUGUCAAGGCCCUUCUCGACAAGUACGACUUCUACAUCCUGCCCAUCGUCAACCCCGACGGUUUCGCCUACAGUCAGACCAACGACCGUCUCUGGCGCAAGAACCGCCAGCCCCGGUCUGGCAGCACCUGUAUCGGCACCGACAUCAACCGAAACUGGCCCUUCAACUGGCAACUCCCCGGCGGCGCCUCCACGAGCUUCUGCUCCGAGACGUACAAGGGCCAGGCCGCCGGCGACACCCCCGAGAUGGUCGCCCUCAAGGCCUACACCGACCGCCUCGCCGCCGGCCGCGGCAUCAAGCUCUUCAUCGACUGGCACAGCUACGGCCAGUACAUCCUGCUGCCCUACGGCUACGACUGCUCCGCCCGGGCCGCCAACCACGCGCGCCAGAUGACGCUCGCCGGCAACACGGCCAACACCAUCGCCCAGUCGUACGGCACCCGCUUCACCUACGGGCCCAGCUGCUCGACCCUCUACGCCACCACCGGCAGCGCGCCCGACUACCUCACCGGCGCCGCCCGCGCCGAGUUCGCCUGGACCAUCGAGCUGAGGCCCGCCGGCGCCUCCGGCGGUGGUUUCAUCCUGCCUGCCGCCCAGAUCCUGCCCAGUGCCAUCGAGCAGUGGAACGGAAUCAAGUACCUGCUCGCCAACGUUUAG